ACCCGGGCUGCAGCUGCACAGUCUAUGAUGACACACGUUGUAACGUCUCUAAAGUAGUUCUUUCUAAAUCGAAACUAAAUGUGAAUACUGGACUUUUCUGCAACAGCCAGUUUCACUUUCACUUUCUGAUAGAGAUUUAUACAUCCCAGGCGGAUACAGUCUAACGUUAUUUCUUGGUGCUUUCAUUUUUACAUUCGCUUCUCUUCUGUCUCUAAUUCUAACUACAUAAUAGACAAAGCACCUGCUUGAUAUUAUGUGAAAUUUGAAAUUACAUGGUUGGUUCAGAUAUUCAGCAUUGGUAAUAGCAUGGUUCAUCAUAGACAGCUGCGUUUGCAAUCAUUUUUACUCUGUGUAUUUUAAGUGUGUUAUAAUAAAUUCUAAAUAUUUAAACAUGUUUAAUUAUGGUUAUCUGUUUGUUUCACCUAGAAAAGGAUUUUUGUUUUUGUGGUUGCAUAUCCUGUUUAGUAAUGCAUUUUGGCAAAGGAGCUUAGACGCACUCCAACAUUUUAUGUCGUACGCCAACGACAAGCUCUACUCUGGCUACUUGCGAAAAAACAUGCCAAGGAUUGUGACCACUGUCAAACCAAGAGAAAUUGUUGUCCAUCUUCCAUGUCUAACUGACCAUGACAGAGAGACUAUUGAGGCCAAAAGGGAGACCUGUGGUAGCUUCGAUGCUAUGGUACGCUUGUUGGACUGUUUGAAGAGGAGGGAGAACUGGCCUGAGCAGUUCAUUGCUGCUUUGGAGGCAUGUGAGCAUCAGGCAAUAGCAGCCGAGAUCAGGGCUGAAUACGACGCACUGAGAGGAAUUAACAAUUCCAGCCCUCCUCCUGCACCUCCAGCCGCUAAUGUAGUCAUGGCACAUGUCCACCCUGCGCCAUCUGCCCCACACCUGCCUCCCCCCGGGCCCACAGCCAGUGUUCCACCCCCUCAGGAUGUCCUAUCUGAGGCGAGUGAGACUCAGCCCAUCCAGGAGACUGAAAAACCAGCGCCUCAGAGCAGUCCGGCAUUGGUAGUAGCUCCUGUGAUGGAGGUGAUUCCACCAGAACCCCCACAGCACCAGAUCGAGGCAGUUGUGGUCCCUCCUGUGACCCCUCCUCCCUCUCCUGAUUCAAUGCGAGGUUCAGCCAGAGGUUCUCCUAGUUCAGAGCAAUUCAUCUCCCAUCAAGAACCAGUGGAAGACCUAGAACCAGAGUCCCUGCCAGCUCAAGCCGUCCCAAAUGAAACAAUUAAUAAUCAACAAGAGGCUGAAGAAAAUAUUGAGCUACCACAAGCUCCUGAAAUUCAGGUAGAGCCAUGUGAGGUUGACGAUCUUACACAGACAGCUACUAUGGUGGAGCAGGAUAUUUCAGUCCCAAUUAUUGUGAAUGAGAAUGCAGCAAUCAUUAAUAGUGUGAAUGAGCCAAUUGUAACUGAGCCAGAACCAGUCACUGCUGUUGUGGAAGACACUACAACUACAAAUACUGUAGAAGAAGCUGCAUUAACUACAACCACCAUAGACACUCCUAUAGUGCUCCCUGCUGCCGUGGAGGCAUCACCAGGCCGAAGUGAAUCUCCAUUGACAAACCUAGACGAUCUGAUCCUAACACCAGAGAAACCACCAGUCCAAGAGACCAAACCCACAGUGGAAAAAGUCCCCUCUGUGGUCCCAGUCAUGGAGAAGACCUCUGAACCUCAGAACACACAGGUUUUUAAAAUUCCUCAAGAGAUAGAAGUUACUCCCGGGCCCCCUGCUGAGGCAGUGGUGACCAGUGGUGUUGCUGUUUCAGAAGAUGAUGAUAUUUGUUUCAGUAAACCUGGUAUACUUGUCAGUGUUGAACCUCCAGAUCAAAACAACACAACCUUUCGCCCACCAACCCCCGAAUAUUCUGGAGACAGUGCUCGCCUAGAGAUGAGUGAAGAUGUACCAUCAUGUCAGGAAAAUUGCAUUAAUCAUAAUAAACCAGAUAAGGAGGUUUCUGAAUCUACUGCCCCCAGUCUGGAAGAAGACAGUGUCCGAGAAACUGUUGGGCAUGUGGCAGAAGACCCUUCUGUUUUGAACAAGGAAGUCCAUUCACAACUUAUGGAAGAAAGUAAUGAUCUAACCAAAGAAAUUAGUAUUGCCCCACCUAUAGCAGCCUCUACUUUGAUUUCUGACCACUCAGUGAGCACUGAUCCUGGAGAGUCUGCUGCCCCCAAUCUGAAUGACAAUGAGGAUCCAGCCAUAGAGAAAACUGUCCCAGUAACUACUAUGACUUCUGAGACCACUUCUUGCCCAAAUGGAGAGGAAAUUUCUGAAAGUCCUGCUCCAAGUCUAGAUAUGGAAGAUGUUCGAGAAAACACUGUGCAUGUGGCAGAAGAUCCUUCAGUUUUAAAUCUAGUUGAGGCACCAUUGCAUCAGAAUGGAGAUAGCGAAUCAGAGGAAAUAAAGGAGUUUAAGGCUAUUACAAAAGUGGAGCAAGAAGCCAAUGAAACCAAUGCCCAAACACAUCUCAUUCAAGGCAAUGGGGAACCAGCCAAGGAGAUUGCCCCAACCCUGCCUAAUUCUGGUCCCUCCACUAAUGAUAAUCAUAAGCCAAAUGAUCCCCCAACUGACCUGAAACUGCCUGAUUCUGCAAAGACAAACCGUAGCCUAAACACCAGGUACAUUAUGACAGCAGCAGGAGUGGGUGCCUGUGCACUGCUGAUAGCGUGGAGGUUUAAGAAUUAGCGGUCUACUUAAUGCCUUUAAAGGAAGAGAAGAUUAGGCUGCAAAAGAGGAUCUGGAGGCUAUUGGUGCCUUAUUGUAGUCACUGGACUGGGUUGGUGUCAGGCAGCUGCUUAAUAAUUACCCAUGGGAAUUGCUGACUCUGCAGAUUUUGUGAUGUUAUUAAUAGUAUGUUUGUGAAUGGACUGAGUGAGUGAUUAGAACAACAAAGAGAAAUUAGUUUUUCCUUUUCAUAGGACAAUUUUAAUUUUUAAUUGUCUUCUCAAUAAUUGAUUAUGACUUGAUUCUCAAAGUUGAAAUUCAAAGGUUUAGAAUAUUAAUAUUAUUUUUUUAUGGUCUUUAGCUGGUAAGCACUUUAUCCAACUUUUACUCCCUGCCAGUAAAUGGCGUCUGUUUUUUUUUUUUUAUUUAUCUCAUCUACAUUAAUGUUGAUAAAUCAAUCAUGAAUACAUUAUAACAAUAUAAAUAGUGUUUCUUAUUACAAAUGUUGUUAAUGAUUGGUUUCUGGUGAAAUACGUUAUUCAAACUAAUCUAAAGUAAGUUUAAUAAUGUCUUAAAAUAUACCAAAAGCACACAUUUUAGAAAAUUUUAAUAAUUUAAGUAUUUAAUUGUGUCAGAAUGAAUUGUGCACAGUUAUUUUUAAAUGCCUUUUUAAAUCUCAAAUCAGCCCUUAAGAGUCUUUCAGUUGUUGUGGUUUCCUCAUAAAUUCUUUUUAAAGGAUAUGUGUGAAUUGAGGUGGUCGCUUUUAAGUUGAACAAUGCAUCUGCACUUUGAUGAAAUUUCUAAUACGGUUCAAAGAUGAAUAAAAUAUAUAAAAGACAAUCCCUUAUCUUAGAGCGAGCUUGUACAAUGUGUUUCUGUAUUUAUUUGUACAAAGAGAUUACAGUAUAUAUGUGUUUAUUUUAAGAAAGUUGUAAAGCCUUUUCCUAUUUCAUUGUCUCAAAGAAUACAGACUGAAAUCAUUGAUAAAAUAAGAAAUACAAACAUAUUCUUCUUUCUGCUUUUUUGAGGAGAUAUAUCAGUUUUAUUUUUGCACAAAUGCUGUUGUAUAGGUAACAUCUGUGGUAAUUAUGGCAAGUAUGUAAUUGUGUUUAUUUUAACUUUGCAUUUUAGCAACAUGUAAGGGACCUAUUGAGUGCAAUGAUAGUGCUGUUAUCCCAACUAAGUGAAGUCUUACUCACUUUAUGCAUGUUUUAGCUUUGCAUUGACAAUCAAUUAAAUAAAGAUUUUCUUAGAAAUUGA